AAGGCCACCGCGUAUUGAUUGGCCACCAGACGUUACUACAUUUGUCAGGUACUGGUCCCAAACGAUUGGCAUCCGGAGGCUGCGGGUGUAAGGACGUUUGUAUGAAGUGGGGUAUGGCACCGAGACUGCCCAGACCGACAUAAAGGUACCCACUCCCCGCCUCAGCUCACUUCGAUUCUGCAAUUCCACUCCAGCUCAAUUCUAUCGCACAACACACUCCUCGAUAUCCACCCAACAGUCUCGAAUCUUCAAAAUGUCUGGCGCACUAGCAAUCGUCCUCUACCCUCGCAAGGAUGGCGCGACAUUCGACCUCGACUACUACCACGCAACGCACAUGCCGCUUGCCAAGGAGACAUGGACGAAGCACGGCCUGAAGAGCUUCACCGUUGUUCAGCUCAGCCCAGAGAACCAGUACAGCAUAGCCGCGACCCUGAACUUCGAAAGUCAGGAGGCGCUCGGCAAGGCGUUGGCAGACCCUGCCACGAAGGCGGUUAUGGACGACGUUCCCAACUUCAGCAGCGAGAAGCCUGUCAUUGUUGCUGGCAACAUCACCCUUCAGGGCUAGAUGCGGAUUGUGUAAGGAGAUGACGAGGCUCAAGUAGGCUGUAUGGAGCUCUGGCAGAAUGGAGGGGUAGCUCUUGUUUCGAUGCAGGGCCCCGCACUAGAGCAGCAUCGCCGAGGUACCUCCUCGCACUUCACAUUGCAAUGCAU